CUCUAUUUGGACGGACGUCCCGCCCUCUGGCUGUUCCUGGCUGAGGCGGAGCGGCGGGAGCUAUGGCGGCUGUGACAGAUGUGCAGCGGCUACAGGCCCGUGUGGAGGAGCUGGAGCGCUGGGUGUACGGGCCGGGCGGGUCUCGCGGCUCGCGGAAGGUGGCCGAUGGCCUGGUCAAGGUGCAGGUGGCUUUGGGGAACAUCGCCAGCAAGAGGGAGAGGGUGAAGAUUCUGUACAAAAAGAUUGAAGACCUGAUCAAAUACCUGGAUCCUGAGUACAUUGACCGCAUUGCCAUACCUGAUGCCUCUAAGCUGCAGUUCAUCUUAGCAGAGGAGCAGUUUAUCCUCUCCCAGGUUGCGCUUCUGGAGCAGGUGGAGGCUUUGGUGCCCAUGCUGGACAGCACUCAUAUCAAAGCCGUUCCUGAGCAUGCCGCCCACCUGCAGCGCUUGGCCCAGAUCCACAUCCAGCAGCAGGACCAGUGUGUGGAGAUCACUGAGGAGUCCAAGGCUCUCCUAGAGGAAUACAACAAGACUACAAUGCUUCUCUCCAAGCAGUUCGUGCAGUGGGAUGAGCUACUUUGCCAGUUAGAGGCUGCCAAGCAAGUGAAGCCAGCAGAGGAGUGAUGGCUGCUUCCCAUCCUAGGGUGGGCCAGGGCAGCCAGGCUCCAGGCCCUAUGCCAACCUGCCCUUGUAACAGGACAGAGCAGAGGCAGCUCUGUAUUUAUUGGAUUCACAGCCUACCAGUCUGCACUCAGGUGGGGCUCUGGGGUCAGAGGUCUGGCUACUUGAGAUUUGCUAUUUGCACCCCCUCCCCUCAUCAGUGUCCUGUUCCAAAGACAAUAAACUGUACAGAUCACUGGA